UUACCGGUCUACAUAAGAUGAAGCUGAGCCUCCUUCCAGAACUCUCAACCUUCCUUAAACCCUCUCUUGCUCCCACUCAUCUCCACCGCUCUAUCUGCUCUUCUUCCCUAUCACCAUCACCUCAACCACCCACUUCUCUUAAACCCAAAACCCCUCUCUUUCUCCGGCCACCCAUCCACCCAGCCACCACCUCAGAAUUCAAGCAAUGGCACCACUGGGCCAAAACCCUCGCCUCCUCCAUCGGGUCCACCUUUGCCGACUCCGACAAAGGCCCGGACUCCACCAUCCUGCGCAGAGAGCUCAACUGGCUCGUAGAGGACGCAGUUCAACAUGAAACCCAAAACGGUGAAACGAAACUCAGGCUAAGAGCGAGUCUGGAGGAGCUCUACUUGCUGUGGAAGCAGAGGAUUGAAGAGAGGAGGCCGUUUCAGUACGUUGUGGGGUGUGAGCACUGGAGGGAUCUGGUGCUGUGUGUUGAAGAAGGGGUUUUGAUUCCGAGGCCGGAGACUGAGAUGGUCGUGGAUUUGGUGGAUGAGGUGGUGGAAAAGGAUGAGGGUUUAAGGGAGGGUUUAUGGGCUGAUCUGGGGACUGGGACUGGGGCUAUUGCUAUUGCCAUCGCCAGGGUUUUGGGGAGUGGUGGGAGGGUUCUUGCUACUGAUUUGAGCCCUACUGCGAUUUCGGUUGCCGGGUUUAAUGUGGAGAGGUAUCGUUUGCAGGAUGUGGUGGAGCUGAGGCAAGGGUCUUGGUUCGACCCGUUGAAGGAUGUGGAGGGUAAACUUUCGGGGUUUGUGAGUAAUCCGCCGUACAUACCGAGUGACAAUAUCUCGGGGCUACAAGCUGAAGUUGGGAGGCAUGAACCCAGAGCUGCAUUGGAUGGUGGUGUUGACGGUAUGGAUGAUCUUUUACAUCUUUGCAAAGGGGCUGCUUCCAUGUUGAAACCUGGUGGAUUUUUUGCUCUUGAGACAAAUGGUGAGAAACAGUGCAAGUAUCUUGUGGAAUAUAUGGAAAAUGAGGCAAGAGGCAGCUUUUGUAAUUUGAGCAUAAUUCCUGAUUUUGCUGGUAUUCAAAGAUUUGUAACCGGACGCCGGAAGUAAUUCGGGAGUCCUGUGUCGACCUUCAAGAGUAUAACAAGUAAUCCAAGUGUUUGACAGUA